AGGCGAAGCAAAUUCAUAGGCUUUUCCCAAGACACGCCACACAUCCCAAAUGGAUAUCAUACUCUCCCACCAAUUGCGGAUCAGAUAUGUUCCCUCCAUCAACAAAGAUUUCUCUGUAAGCAGAAACAGCCUAUCUAACGCUCUCAGAAGCCAGAUUGCAAUCGCCCGCCGAGACUCUCAUCCCAUAUAUCAAGUUCUGCACUCGCGAACCGCCUGUCCCUGCUGAUUCUUGAAGAAAACGACAUCACCGUCCGCUUCCACGAACGUACACUGCGUGAACGACCGCCAGAGCGAAUAGAAGGUAUUCUAAAGCCGACAACACCAUACAGAAUGGUAACUUCAGCCCUGGGUCCCGGAAACGCACUGACACCCAAAAACCAAUUCAAAAGACUCACGGAAGAAUCAUAAUUAUAAUACUC